ACAGUGAGUGAGAGAGAGUAUCUAGCCUCACCCACAUCUAGCCAAUCAAAUUCCUCCAAUCCAUUUGUCCAUGAUUCCCCUCCAAUCCUCCCUUCACUCAUUCCUUAUCUCUUUUAUUAAUUUCUUACUUCUCCCUCCCUCCCUUUCCUGAUGGCCUCCUAAUCCACACAACCCCACAACACUCUCUCUCUCUCUCCUCCCCCUCUCUCCUCAUGGCCACCAACUCCCUCCAAUCCCACCACCACUCUCUCCUCAGGCUCCACCCCAUAGACUCCCCUCCCACCACCCUCCCCACCUCCUCCCUCUUCCUCAAACCAACCACCACCACCACUCCUCUCUCCCACUCUCUCUCCUCCACCGCCUUCUCUCUCAUCUCCCCCACAACGCCAUCCACCACCCAAACCGACCCCCUCUCCUUCGACCUCCUCCACCACCACCUCUCCGCACAGGACUUCCGGCAGGCCGACGAGGAGACCCGGCGCCUCCUCAUCGCCCUCGCCGGCGACCAAGCCCGGAAGCGCGGCUACAUCUUCUUCUCCGAGGUCCAGUUCAUCUCCCCGACCGACCUCCAGUCCAUCGACGGCCUCUGGAGAGCCCACAGCGACGACCGGUUCGGGUACAGCGUGCAGCGAAAGAUCUGGAAGAGAGUGAACAAAGACUUCACGAGAUUCUUCAUGAAGGUCGGGUGGAUGAAGAAGCUCGAUACAGAAAUGGAGCAGUACAACUACAGGGCUUUUCCGAACGAGUUCAUCUGGGAGCUGAACGAGGAAACUCCCGAGGGGCACUUGCCGUUGACGAAUGCCCUGAGAGGGACCCAGCUUCUGAACAGCGUUCUGAGCCACCCCGCUUUUGAUGGUGCCAAGGAGGAUGAAGAGGGAGAAGAAGAGGUUUUUGAGGAGAAAGGGAGUGGAAAUAGUAGUGGAGGGUUGAAAACAUUGGGCAAGGGAGUGUUCAAAUCAGACUAUAGUUUUUGAGCUGAUUUUAUUUUAAUUUUUGGAUUUUUGGAAAGUAAUGAUAUAUGAGAAUAAAUUCCUUAGGUCUCAAUCAAUAAAAUAUGGCGACAUGGCGCAAUAUAAUUGAUUUAGAAGAAACAAAUAUUUACACCGACGAUGUAAAGAAUUUAAUCUCAUGAUAUAUAUAUAAAGUUGGGACUUGUACGUGUUUACAUUGUGAGGAGAUUGGAAAAGGGUUGAGUGAUUUUUCUACUAAAGAAA